AUGGCUAUUACUCUGGGAACUGACCGGAUGGUGGAGAUGGUGUUUCACCCUUUCGUUAAUAGUUGUGCUGAGAACCCUUUUGUGCCAAAGAUGGGGUUUAGAUUGUUAGUCUUUCUUUUGAGAUUCAAUGCAGUGGUUGUAUGCCUUAUUGUGGAAGUGAAUAUUCCCUCCAUUGGUAGAACGUUGCACAAUGUUGGCCGAUGGAGUUCGACAUUGAGGGUCAAGACUCCGAUGGGGGGCAGUUCGGAUGAUUAUUCCGGACAUUAUAGUGGUACUAACGACGAAUACGAUGAUGAGGAGGUCUUUGAGCCCCGAGGUGGUCCCGAAGUAGGGGAAAAAGGUGUUGGUGAUUGUGUCAAUUGUAGGCGGUCUAGCGGUGCGAAUGAUGAGGUAGGCAGUGUGCCAAGCUGGCAAGUCUUUGCAAAUGACUUCUUGGGUAGAGAGUUUGCAACAGAGGAGGAUGCUUAUGCUGCAUACAAGGAGUUUUCCAAAUUCAGGGGUUUUGGAGUUCAGAAGGGAGAUGUAGCUCGGGUUAAUGGGAUUUUGGUCAGAAAAGACUUUUUCUGCCAUCGACAAAGGACAAGACAUUCUAAGCACUAUGACCGUCCUAAGCGAGUUAGAACCAUCAUGGACGAACACAACCAUGAGCUUGCCCCGGCGAUGUUCACGCAUCUCCUUCUUAGCCACCGGAAGAUGAGUGACGGGGACAAGGCACUGGUGGAUAGUUUCAAGCAGUUUGGGAUCGCAAUAGCAAAAAUAAUGGCUUACAUGGCUGGGCAGUCUGGUGGGGUUGAGCAAAUAUGUGAUGGUGAUGUAGCAACAACUAUCAGUUACUUAGAGGGCAAGACGAAUGCGGACAUGAUAACGGUUGCACGCUACACACGAACCGAAGAUAAUCGUUUGGGAAGCCUAUUUUGGGUGGACGGUGAGAUGAUGUCAGAUUAUCAGGUCUUUGGUGAUGUCUUCGCAUUCGAUUCCACGUAUCGUUCUAACAAGUACAGGAAGCCGCUGGUGGUUUUCUCUGGAUCAAAUCACGACAAACAGACAUGCAUAUUCGGGUUCACGCUACUGGAGGAUGAAGAGGUUCGAACUUACCGGUGGAUGUUGUUGAACCUACUGGAUGUUAUGGGACAGAAGAAGCCAUGUGUAGUGGUGAUGGAUGGGGACAAGGCGAUGCGUGCUGCAAUUGCGGAGGUGAUGCCGACCGUGACACAUAGACUGUGCGGGUGGCACCUGGAGAAGAACUACGUCCAAAUGGUUAAGGACACAGAAUUUUGCAAGGUUUUUAAGAAAGCUUUAUAUGCAAAUUUUGAAAUCGACGACUUUGAGGAGUAUUAG